GAAACGACGUUACUACGAAUCAAUGCUCGGGUUUGGCCUACCAUUCUAACGACUACCCGUGCUCGUUUCUCUCUUCUAGGGGCCGACUCCGUGCCAUUGGCCCAUUGCGCAAGCAAUCCCUCCGAGCAAUGGCUACAGUGACGAAUUCUCCAACGCCGCCGCCUCCCGCCGCUACCUCUCCUCCCAGAUCUCUUCAGAGGAAACCUUUGCCUAUCCCAAAACUACCCCUCGGCCAACAUGAGCGUGGUGAAUCUCAAGACAGCUUCGCCGAGAAUUCCUUGUCGGCCGCUGCACUCGAGUCGCCGACAAUCAGAGCGUCGCCCGUCUCUCCGGUUAGAGUGAAUUUUCAACCUGACAACUGGGCGCAGCCGUCAAAUGGGAGUAUAGAGGGAAGCUAUCACUACGUACAACAAUAUCCUUUGGUGCCUAUGGCUGGCGGCGAGCGAGGCGCCAUGGGACCUUCGAAUGCGCCACCACCCCCUCCUAGUUAUACAUACGAUCAGCCGAGAAAUUUAACACCUAAACAAACUUAUGCUGGGUCGGGUCAUGAGAAGCUACUUAGUCCUACUCUAGCCCAGGCAGAAACAGGCUACCUGGAAGGUGCGGCUGCCCCGGAACAAGAGCGCCAAAGCUUUAGCGAUAGUUCUCGUAGCGAUGACCCGAACCGACAUAGUCGCGAAUCGGACACGACGGCGAGUACGCAACAGCCAACAUCAACUGACUCAUCCGUUGAGACAAGUGCAAGCUCAAUUUCUGGAGGUCUUAAUGAAGCAUGCGAGAGUCGUACUACACCGGAGGACGCGUCCCAAGAAGAAUCCUUCACGGAAGGCUCCAUACAAGAUGGCCAAUCCGUGCCUCAAUUACAAUACCACCAUCAGCCUUUUCUUCCGCGAGUCUCGAGUGUGCCUAUCGAGUCGAAUUCGAGGAAUUCUUCUAAUUCCGAUCUUGUUAACCCGGGUAUGGCCAUAAACCGUCAUUUAACUCCGAAUUCUUUCAUGAGAAGGAGUUCAAUGCCUCGACCGCAAUCAUCAUAUUCGCUAUAUUCCGAAUUCGGGCCACGCGGGCGAUCUCCAGCCUACGGAGGUGCUCACCCACGAACCCCCUCCGUUCAUUCUCGCAGAUCACCCGAAACAAGACCGACUUCCUACGCAGAAUUGCUCAAUGUUCCCUAUCCUCAACAAGCUCCUGCUCCCAUCACCUUUGACAACUCUUACCUUCGCAACAACGUCGGAAGUAAUGCUUCCUUACUCAGCGCGCAAAAGACCCUCGAGAUGUAUAGACAAAACGUGAAGAAGACGAAUGACUUUUCGAUACAAUAUUCUUUCGCCGUCUUCUUAAUCUCCACCGCGCAGGAGCAGGGUUUAAAUUUUGAUGAACCUUCGCGGAGGAAAAGCAGUCCGAAGGGGAGUCCACUUAAAGAAAACCAGGAAUCCUCGCCAAACGAGUUGGUUCGAGAAGCAAAAAGUAUAUUAACAAGGUUGGCCAAUGGCGGUUAUCCCUUUGCCCAGUAUUACCUUGCCGAUGGUUUUGCCUCGGGCUUGUUUAACAAGGGCAAGGAAGAUUACAACGCAGCUUUCCCCCUCUUCGUUCUGGCUGCGAAGCACGGUCAUGCUGAGUCUGGUUAUCGUGCUGGUUUAUGCUACGAGUUCGGAUGGGGAUGUAGGAAAGAUCCGGCCAAAGCAGUUCAGUUUUUGCGGACGGCAGCAUCGAAAAAUCAUCCAGGCGCCAUGACGAGGCUUGGAAAGGCUUGCCUUUCGGGAGACCUAGGCGAGAAUCGAUACAGGGAAGGUGUGAAAUGGCUGAAGCGCGCGACCGAGUCAGCAGAUGCUAUGUAUAACGCAGCCCCUUACCACCUUGGUACAUUAUACGAAACCGGUUAUGGCGAUGAUAUUUUCAAAGACGAGAGUUAUGCCGCCGAAUUAUUUACUCAGGCAGCCGAACUUGGCCAUGCUGAAGCGAGCUUUCGUAUGGGAGAUGCUUAUGAGCACGGAAAAUUAAAUUGCCCUCGAGACCCAGCCUUAAGCGUCCAUUUCUAUACCGGCGCAGCAGAACGCGGUCACGCUGCGGCUAUGAUGGGAUUGUGUGCGUGGUAUAUGGUCGGAGCUGAACCUAUUUUAGAAAAAGAUGAAGAGGAAGCGUACGAAUGGGCUCGUCGGUCGGCAGAACUUGGUUUUGUCAAAGCCCAAUAUGCCGUCGGUUAUUUCACCGAAAUGGGCAUAGGUUGCCGCCGCGAUAUCCUAGAAGCCAAUGUUUGGUACGUUAAAGCAGCCGAUGCUGGCGACGAACGCGCGAAGCAACGACUUGCCGCCAUCCGAGCAGCCGUGAGCGGUGGAACUCCAAUGGACGUUGCCCCGCCACGCAACGGAAAGAUGAAGAAAAAUCAAUCUAAAGACGAUAAGGAGUGCGUUGUAAUGUAAUAUAUCCUGCGUAACGGAAUUCGCAGGCAGAAGGUUGAAAGGCUUUCGAGGACUACGUACGUCUUGCUUUCGGCGACUAAGUACAUAUCUUGGAAACUGUUCAGAGUAGCUAUCCAGGGCUGUGCUAUUUAGAAUAUUCAAAGUCC